AUGGCUGACUCAAAAGAUAAAAUCACUUCUGAUCUCUCAGAAGAGGACCAAGCACUAAAAGACAAGCUUGAUUUGCUUGUUCAAAAACUCCAGGACCUUUCAUCAGCAGAAUCUUCACUAAAAGCUCUCGAAACAGAAGUCCAGAGCGCAACAACUUCUAUGACAUCAAUUCCAAAGCCUUUGAAAUUCCUGAAACCGCAUUAUUCUUCUAUAAAAACUUUCUAUUCCAGCUUAUCCAAUUCUCCUUUCAAAAAAGACCUUGCCAACUUCCUUUCCAUUCUUGCAGUCACUAUGAGUGCCCCAGAUGAAAAAGAAAGUCUCCAAUUCCUUCUUCAGGGCAAUCAAGAUGCCGCCACUAAAUGGGGUCAAGAAUAUGUCAGGAAUUUGUGUGGGGAGAUCAGAGAUGAAUAUUUAUCAAGAAUGAGCCAAGAAAAGGACAGAGCAGAUUUAUUAAGGAUCGUCGAUAUCAUUGUCCCGUUCUUAGUAAAGCAUAGUUCUGAGUUUGAAGCAAUUGACCUUUUAUCUGAAGUUGACUGCCUUGAAAAGCUACCAGAAUAUAUAGAAAUAGACAACUAUAAGCGAAUUUGUCAGUACAACCAAGGUAUGGCUCUCUAUGCAGCUGAUCCUGAUGAAAUGUACAAAACCCUUUACGUCUGCUUUAAGUGCUAUAUAAAAGCUGGGAAAUUCCCUGAAGCAUUAAGAAUUGCUUUGAAAAUAAACAGACCAGAAGUAAUAAAUGAAGCAAUGGAGUCUUGCACAGAUCCCAUUGCAAAGAAACAAAUGUGUUAUCAGCUGGCCAGACAAAGGGUGAACUAUCAGAUAGAAGACGACGAUUUAACAAAAAUUAUUUCAAAUGAGUUUAUGAAUGAAGCGUUUAUUAAGUUAGCCACUGAUCUUGAAGUCCUAGAGCCUAAAAUCCCUGAAGAUAUUUAUAAAUCCCACUUGCUCCCUUCCCUUCGUGAGCGAGCAAAAAAAACCAUUGAAGUGAAUUAAAAAGUUGUAAUGACAAAAUAUUUGAUUAAGUGAUAAAUAGUAUAAUGAAAUCUCUAAUUCUGUUAAAUUUUGAACAGCUUGCAUUUUAAAAAUAUUUUACAAAAUAAAAUUAAUUUUACUUUCCAAUUUUUGCAAAUUUGGGGUAUUUUAAAUUUCAAAAACAAAAUUUUAUUAUAAAAUCUAUAUACCAAUAAAAAACAAUUAAUCUUCUUUAAUGAGCGAACAAAAACUUUUAUUUGAUAGCAGAGGGGAAGUUAGAAGAAAGAGGAAGAGGAGCUCAAGGAGGCCAGCUUGACUCCCACAAACAGAAUUUGGCAUCGACAAUUGUGAAUGCCUUUGUCAAUGCUGGGUAUUGUAAUGAUGCCCUUGUUUUUAACGAAGAAAAAAAAUGGGUUUUUAGACACAAAGAAUGGGGUCUCAUGACUGCAGCUGCGUCUUUAGGACUUAUUUUAUUGUGGAAUGUGGAUGAAGGAAUGACCAGAAUUGAUAAGUAUCAGUACUCAAGAGAUGAUUUUAUUAGGUCUGGAGCGCUCAUGGCUUUUGGCAUGGUAAAUGCAGGGAUCAAAAAUGAAUGCGACCCAGCAUUUGCUUUGCUGACUGAAGGCUUAGAUGCUGCAAACGAUAAGCUUAGAGUAGGAAUUAUAGCUGGGCUGUCAAUGGCAUAUGCUGGAUCAGGAAGAGAAGAUGUGUUAGAAGUGCUAAGCCCACUUGUAAUUGAUACUUCGGUGUCUUUAGAGUCCUCAGCUCUUGCAGCUUUAGGUCUUGGCCUAGUAUUUGCUGGGACUUGCAACGAUGACGUCGCCCAAGUCAUUUUGCAAACCCUUAUGGAAAGAAGUGAAACUGAGCUGUCAAGUCCUUACGCCCGCUUCUUUGCUUUAGGUAUAGGAUUAGUGUUCUUAGGACAGCAAGAUAGGAUUCAAACAACUUUAUCAAUCAUAGAAGAAUUCGUUCCUGCUCCUAUGAAAAAAUACGCACUAUUGACUGCUGAAAGCUGUGCCUAUGCUGGCUCAGGAAACGUCCUUAAGGUCCAAGAAAUGCUGCAAGUUUGUGCCGAACAUCUAGAUGAAAAAGAAUGGAUGCAUCAAAUGGUAGCUGUCCUUGGGUUUUCCCUUAUAGCAAUGGGAGAAAAUGUAGGUAUAGAAAUGGCUCUCCGGUCAUUUGACCACUUGCUACAAUAUGGGGAUUUAAAUAUCAGACGUGCCACUCCUUUGGCUAUUGCUCUAUUGUGCAUUAGCAACCCUAAGGUCAACGUUAUUGAUCUUCUUGUAAAACUUUCACACGACGUAGACUCCCAAGUGGCUCAAGCUGCAAUAUUUGCAAUUGGAAUGGUCGGGGCUGGGACAAAUAAUUCAAGACUUGCAGGAACUUUGAGACAGCUUGCAGGGUUUUAUGCUAAUGAAGAUAACCAGCUUUUCAUGGUUAGAAUUGCUCAAGGGCUUUUACAUAUGGGGAAAGGACUUAUGACGCUCGAUCCUUAUCAUUCUGAAAGAUAUUUAUUAUCUCCAGUUGCGUUAGGAGGAAUUUUGACAGUCCUCCACACAAUGUUAAACACAGAUCAGCUAAUCCAGGGUCAUGGGCAAUAUCUUCUCUUUUACUUAGCCUGCGCAAUUUACCCAAGAAUGCUGGUAACCCUUGAUGAAAACCUCCAGCCUCUUUCAGUCCAAGUUCGAGUCGGCCAAGCUGUUGAUACUGUAGGACAGGCCGGAAACCCCCGCACAAUUACAGGUUUCCAGACACACACAACUCCUGUCCUCCUUGCAUAUGGUGAGCGUGCAGAACUAGCCACCGAAGAGUACAUCCCUUAUGCAGAGGUGUUAGAAAACUUCAUCAUUUUAAAGAAAAACCCUAAUUUCGUGCCUGAGUAA